ACAUCUCUUCUUCGACCACCCGCCAACCCCGAGCGGCCAUGGUGUCCUUCGGCCUGGUGGCCGGGGCAGCCCUUGCUGGGGUCUACAACUGGGCCUCGGGCGUCUAUUCCUACAACCGAGAUGCUUGGAUGACCGACAUACAGGUGGAGCAAGCUCAUGUGUAUCAAGAGGACAAUCUGGCCAUUCAAAUGCAGACCAUGAAGAGGGAAGAGGUAAGAGAUUUAGUGAAUUCUGACAUCAACCAGAUCAACAACUCUCUCUUGGUGGCGACAUUGAUUUUGUCACUCGCAGGAGAAAUGUUGUUCGAGGGGCAAAUUCCAACCGAUUGCCCUGCCUUUGUGCUCAACGCCUACAUGCUGUGUCUGGGAAGCGCAGUCUUUCACCUCUCCUUUUCCAUUCUCUUCGGCAUUUUUGCCAGCGCUAAUGCCUAUCAGACGGCCACGGAUCUUCUCGUUCUGAAUAUCCAACCCAAGUGGAACCAUCAUUUCAAUCGGAUGAAGGAGCGGAAGGCCCGCGAGAACACAGCCUUCUUUGAAAGCCACUCCCUGAGUAGCAUGAUGAUGCCGCCCCUGGCAUCUCGCAUGUUUCGAAGUUGGAGGCGGAUCCCUCAGGAAGAGAAGACCGAGCGAAGAGUUGCCUCACCAACCUACAGUCGCCUGAGUCAAAUUAGUCAGACAUGGUCCAACACGGAACGCUCCUUCGACAGCUUGCCAUGCAAAGCCAGAAGCCGGGGGGGACGCUGGCAAACGAAGUCAUUUGCAGUGGAGCCUGUCGAGGAUGAUGUUGAGGCCAAGAGUGAAUUUAAACAUGAGUACCACAUCGGGCAUUUGAAACUGUGGAGAGACCUUCAUCAGCCUUGGAGGAAGUUCUCCAGUUGCAUGUUCAAAUGUGUGGCCCGUGGCACGACCAACCUCCUCGAAGCCUGUGGCUAUCUGGCCGUCGGAACUCUCUACGGUGGCUAUGCAGAUGCUUGGGCCUUUUGGGCCAUUCAGAUCCUCUUCACGGUGAUCAAUAUUAUGGUCGUUCACUUCUUGCUGGCGAUCUUUACGCCCUCCAACGCUGGCCCAAGGCUUCGCUGGAUUAUGCAGGAGCAUCCUCUGGUCUUGGCUUGUUUAGUGGCCUCAGGCCCUUUGUGGUGUGUCAUUGCAGCGGCCACCAGUUGGGUCAUCAUGGAUCGCUUCUUCAUCCCCUUGUGUUAUGGCACCCAUUUCCUGGUGAAUGUCUACUUCGUCUCCCAGUUCACCAGCGAUGUCUCUUCGGAGUCGGAUCCGGAGGCGCCCCGUUCAGCCCAGCCAGCCGCGCGUGGAACCGCAUCCGCGGAGGGGGAGGAGUCGGAGGAGGUCGCCUGUGUGCUGGAGGCUUCACCCUGGGACUCCGCAGGAGAGUUGGAGUGGGGCUCGCUGCCCACUCAGCCCACCGAGGCUUCGCCUGGCUCGGCGUGCGCGCAACAUGCUGCGCCCGCAAGGCCACAUGCUGCGCCCGAGGCCGAGGAGUCGCCCGUGGCACAAAGGAGGGUCCACAAGGACUUCUUGCCGGGCAACAUGCUGCGCUGGGGCACCAAGGUGGUGGCCUGCUUUUGGGCUUCAGCGCUCCUCUGGGCAGUGCAUGGCGCCUGGUUCGGCAUGGACUUCAAGAACCGCAAGGCAGCCGUGCCCACCUGGGGCGACACGCCUCCACUGCUGGAGGUCAGCGAGAUGACCAUGGCCACACCCAGCCCCUUCUGGAGGCCUCACGCGCUGGUCUGUCCACGGAAUCAGGUCUUCAUCACUGAUAGAUACCACGUCUACGAGCUUCGAGAGAACAACACGGAAGUGAAGAGAUACCCCUGCUCUGUGAACGGCACGAUCGCCGACGUGGCCGCCACGUGUGGACGCCACUCCUGCUGGCCGGUGGUCCUGGUGAAGGGCGUCCCACCGCUGGUGCUGGAUUGCUCCACGGGGCGCUCCAGCCCGCUGCUGCAGACCGAGACCCGCGCCGGGCGGAUCGCGACCAGUGCCCAGGGCACCAAUGGGGUGCUGGACACCCUCUAUGCCACGAUGGACGACAAGAUGAUCGUGCAGUAUGGAUGGUCCGUGCAGCGGGGUGCCUGGGAACCCUUGUGGGACAUUGAGGAUACGGUGGGCGUGCUGGGCAUGGAUCUGGUCGACAACAAGCUCUUGGUCUUUCACCAAGGUGGCUUUGUGCAAGUGCAAGAUAUGUCCAGUGGACGGCUUUGCAGCACCUUUGCUUUGGAUAGCAGCGGCGCGGUGAUUGGUGGAGGCUGCGGCAAUGUGGAUUACUCCUCCAUCCUGGUUCUGGUGAAGAAGGGCCAUGGCACGGCAUUGAUGCGUGCCACCUUGCCGUCCUUGAAAGAUUGCAACGCGGCCACCUCUAAGAGCUUUAUCAACACGGCUGUGGUAAGAGCCAGCGCUUAAGAGAACCACAGCACCCCUUAAGGCCGUAAAAAUGGCCACAGCGAACAAGGCCAAAGUGCCUUGUCGGGUUGGUCGAAGUCUACGAGAGCAUCUGAAGUUUUGCCAGCUCGUGUGAAAGGCUUCCGGAUCUCUAUCGGCAGAUUUCCAGCUUUCAGAUUCUCGGUGGAUUUCCCGCAUCGCUCAGAGCGGCGCCAGCUUGUACAUUUUCUGGUCGUAAAUGUUCUUUUGUGGAUCGCUAGAUCACCAGUUAUCUGGCAGAUCCUUGCCGACACUCUCAAGGAUGCCGGUCCAACUAGCCGUGGAGGUCAAUUUCUGCCUUUCGCAGAGUGCAAACAUCUCCGAAACGCAUAGGAACAAGAAGGGUGGCCCCAGUCGUUGAGGGCAGACCCCAAAAGGGUGGCCCGCGUCGGUAGAUCUUCUCAGUCAGGAGGCUCAGCAGCGAUGGGACAAUCCCGUGGGAUCGAUAUCCGGAAUUGUUG